AUAAUUGCCGUUUUCAGGAAUUUAAAGAAUUUGUUCUGUAGAUUUUAGGAAUACAGUUUAAUCUUCGAAUCUUUCUUUUGAAUUGAAAUCUACGAGAGGUCUUGAAAAAUAAAUUGAUGAGAGCUGAAAAUUUCUGAAGAAUAGCGCAAUCAGAUCAUCAUUUGUGCUAAAUUUCAAUGUUCCGACUGAAUUGAAGCAAAUCCUUAUUUUCAGAUGAAUCUUCAGAGUAAAUAAAUUUCUCGACUAGGUAACUGUUUUAGGUUAAAUAUAAUUUCACAGCAUUUGCUUGCGUAUUUCAUGCACCUUUAAAGAAAUAUUUGCAGGAAAUUAGUGAACCUUCUUUCAUGGACAGGGACAAAGUAUAUUUGGACACAGGAGUAAAUUUUCUCUUCAUUACAAGCGUUGCUUUUCUCUUGCACACACGCACGCAACAGGAGUAACAUCAGCUCAGUUGAGCUACUAAUUAUCAUAUCUGCUAAUUAAAUUCGCUUUGGUUUCUAUUUCUAGGGAAGAAACUCAAUUUUUUUACUUGUUUUUUGGAUUCGUUAAAAUGUAAAGAUUUUUUCGGCAGUCCGCUCUGAGACUCGCUAAUCCGCUCUUUGCAGAUGGCCGCCAGUGAUAACCGUUCGUAUUAUAUGAAACUGUCGAGUUACGUGGUAGCCUUGCGACCCUGGUCCUUUAGCUGCUCUUUAGCUCCCGUUCUCCUCGGCUGCGUGUUAGCCUUCAAAUCCACGGGGAUGUUCAACCUCGCCAUCUUGUUGAUCUCUUGCGUCACUGCGUUAUCCGUCCACGCUGCUGGCAACCUAGUCAACACCUACUUCGACUACGUCAAGGGCAUAGACAGCAAGAAGAGCGACGAUCGGACGUUGGUGGAUUCGAUCAUCACAAAGGACGAGGUGGUAGGACUGGCGUCCAUUUUAUACUGCGUGGGAUGCGCGGGGUUUGUGGCGCUGGUGAUCCUGUCGCCGGCGAAGAUGGAGCACCUGGCGCUUGUGUAUUUUGGUGGGUUGUCGAGCUCGUUUUUGUACACUGGAGGAGCUGCGCUUAAGUACAUUGCAUUGGGAGAUCUGAUCAUAAUGACCAUUUUUGGACCCGUGACAGUCAUCUUCGCCUACAUGGCGCAGACGGGAACAGUGUCGACUGCAGCUGCCUUCUACGCACUACCAGCUGCCCUGAGUGUCGAAGCCGUGCUGCACAGCAACAACACCCGGGACAUGGAGGCCGACCGGGUUGCCGGCAUCGUCACACUGGCCAUCAUUCUCGGUCCAGCUCUGUCCAAGUUGCUCUACGGUGUCCUGCUUUUCACGCCGUACGUCAUGGUGGCUGUGUGUGCCAUCAAACACUCUGUGUGGUUCGCCUUGCCGUUGUUUACAAUGCCGGCGGCGUUUAGAAAUGAGCGAGAAUUGCGUGCCGGGAUGUACGCGUCCAUGCCCAGGAAAACGGCCAAGUUGAAUUUGUUUUUCAAUUUGUUGUUCGUCGCGUCCGUGUUGUGUUGCAGUGUGGAGAAGCUUCCGUUCAUCGGAAGUUAACCUAGUGUCUACGGGCUUGAUGUGUGUAUUUUUGUUGUUUUGAAUUUGAGUGCGAUUUUCGUGCGAGGGAUUUCCGAUUUUUUUCUAGAGGGAUGAUUUCAGGAGAAAGUGCGUUGCUUUUUGAUCGUCGGAUCAUCGCAAAGGAUCAUCUCGGAAAUUCGAUGCCUGUAGAUUAAAAUUUUUUUUGUUCUGUUGCGGUGUGGAGAAGUUUUUGUUUAUCGGAAGCUAACCUGGUGUUCGGGGUUCGUUUUUCGUGCGAGGGGUGUCCGAUUGUUUCAGAUAGGAUUUCAGGCAAGUUAAUUUUCAUGAAUUUCUUCGAGAGUAUAAAUUGUUUCCUUCUCGUCGCAUUGAAAAAGAACGUAGGGCAGCUAACUCAUCAGAUCAUUAAAAAGAAAAGUCUCGAGAAUUUACUGUUUUCCAAAAUUGUCUCCCCCUUUCCUAUUUUGUUUCUACCUUGCAAAAUAACUUUGUGGCUUUUUCAUUAUUGAGAUUUGCGUGACUCCAAAAUGUAUGAUCUUCUUGCGGUUUCCUGCGAAGUCUCAGUGCAAACAAGUGUGUCAUAGCGUUGAAUUUACCAUUUUCAAGUUGGGCAUCUGAAACCUCGAAUGUUUUACAAGUUGCUUUUGAUGGUUUAGAUGAGUCAUUUUCAAAUUGGUCAAAAAAUUGCCAAUAUCGAGAUUGCAUGAUUGCGAUGAAUUUUUUCAUGGAGAGAGUUGAGAGAUGUGUUCGAAUUGCUUCAGGAAAUUUUUGAGUAAGUGUGAAAACCCAAAUUAAGAUAAUUACAAAAUUUUGGAACUACGAGUGUUAAAAUUGAGCUAUUUUUGACCUGUGCGCAGAAAUCUAAGAAUCCUUGUUUUUUCGCCGCCCAAGUGUGUGAAAUCUCGGAGGAAUUUCAUUUUACAAGAUUUCAUUCUUUUUUUGUUCAAGAAAAAUGUCCGUGUUUCGCGAAAGACCUUUCUAAGUGUUUCUUGAAUGAGCCAUUUUUGAAAACCCUUGUGUUUAUACAAAUUAUAGCCAGACUUUUUGUGAAUUUAAACUACGGAAAACUUUGAGCUGGUCAUUGGUUGGAUCGCGAAAUUUUUGUCGAUGGGAUGGUCAAAAGAAUGUGUAACUAUUCAAUCGUUCGAAAUCUCUUCAACUCGUCGAAAACCGAGGAGCAUAAGGUUGAAGCAUGAUCUGAACUAAAUUCCGAGGAGAGAUGAAUCAAAAUUUUAUUGAGAAAGCAUCUCGCAACCUUAUUCUUUUAAAAGUUCCGUGACAUGAUCAUCGAAAGUUAGCUUGAAUAAUCAAUUUAAUUUCGGGUCCGACUCAGUUCUCAUUUCAGCGCAUUGUGUUCGAGGAAAUACUGUACUUGCUUUUGGAAGUUGGUGCUGUUUAUUCAAAACUCAGUGGAAAUUUAUAUCUGGAAAAACUUCUUCGUUUUCUAAGCUACCGUUUUUGUUUGUUUCAAAAGCUUAAAAAAUUAAAAUAAGAAUCGUAAAACCUGCGUCAUCCAGGAGUUAAUAUGAGAGAAAAUAUUUCGGCAAUUCUCUGACUGAGAACAAAAUGCGACCGAAUUGUUUUUUGCGUUUUGUUUUGUUAUGACUAUUUUUCUUC